AAAAAUGGUUAAAACUCCGAUUAAAGUCAUAGUGCGUACAAGACCAACAGUAGAAUUUGCAUAUAAAAAUAUCAAUAUAAAUGAAAAUACAGGACAUAUUGCUAUAAAUAUACCAAAGUCUGCUGAUCAAGGUAAAUAUAUUGAUUUAACAUAUGAAAGGAUUUGUUAAUCAUUAAUAAGAGGAUUGGGGGUUUACUUUUGAUAAAGUUCUUUAAAAUGCAAGUUAAGAGGUUGUAUUUGACAUAUGUGGCAAAGAAUUAAUACAUAGUGCUUUAGGUGGGUAUUCUGGAACUAUUAUGGCUUAUGGAUAAACAGGAGCUGGAAAAACAUUUACUAUGAUGGGAUCAUAAAUUGAUUAUAAAUAUAGAGGAAUGAUGCCGAGAUGCAUAAGUUUACUAUUUCAAGAAAUAGAAGCCAGAUAUGAAUAAUAGAUCACUGUAGGAGUUUCAUAUUUAGAAAUUUAUAAUGAAAUGAUGUAUGAUUUAUUGGCAGGAGGAGAUUAGAAGUAAAUCUAAUAUCCAUUUACUUUAGCACUGGUCUGGCUAUACAAGAAGAUAACAAUGGUUACGUAUAAGUUAAAGGAUUAACUAUUAAAAAAUGUCAAACUGAAGAAGAUGCAAUUGCUUAAUUGUUUGAAGGAGAAACUAAUAGAACUAUUAGUGAACAUAAACUUAAUAAAGCAUCAUCUAGAUCUCAUUGUGUUUUUACUGUUCAUUUAGAAAUUAGAUCUAGAGUUGAAUCUGCUGAGAAAGUCAUUAUUAGUAAAUUGAACCUAGUGGACUUGGCAGGUUCAGAAAGAACCAAAAAAACUGGAUCAGAAGGAAGAACUUUAUUGGAAGCUUAAUUUAUAAACAAGUCACUUUCAUUCUUAGAAUAAGUAGUUGUUGCAUUAUCUGAAAAAUAAAGGGAUCAUAUUCCUUAUAGAUAAAGCAAAUUGACUAAUCUUCUCAAAGAUUCAAUUGGAGGCAAUAGCAAAACUGUUAUGAUAGCUAAUAUAUGGCCAGAGAAGAAUUAAUUAGAAGAAACUAUAUCUACUUUGAAAUUCGCAUAAAGAAUGAUGAAAGUUACUAAUGAAUCAUCAAUUAGAGUUAAUUUAGAUCCUUAGGUUUUGAUAAAAAAAUAUGAAAAAGAAAUAAAAGAUUUAAGGCAAGAAUUAGCAAUGCAUGAUACAUUAGCUAAUAGAGGUAGAAUAUAAUAUGAACCAUAUACUCCUGAAUAAUAAUAUAAGUAAUAAUAAAUUGCUUAAUAAUUUUUAAAUGGAGAACUUGAAGAUAUAGAUAUAGAUUCUUUAAGAUAAGUGAAAGAAUUAUUUUUUUAAUUUAGAAAUUUAUAUAGGAAUUUAGUUAAAGAUUUGGAAAAUAAAAAUUACAUUCCAAGAACAGAGAAGGAACCUGAUGUUUCAAAGAAAAAGAGUGAUUAGGUUAAACCAGUUGAUAGUGUAGGGAUGGAAGAAAAUAAAUAUGGUUUUGGUUUAGGAAAGGCAAGAAAAGAUGCUAAACCUACUACAAAUAUUGAAAAUUUAGUGAAUAUUCCUAAAGAUGAAUUUAAAUAAGUAGAUGAAAAGGCUUAAUAAGAAGUUAGAAAAGAAAGUUAGAUUACAGAAGCUAAUAAGGAAUAAACUAUUGAAAAGAGGAUAGUGAAUGUUGAUAAAUAAUAAGCAUUUGCUGAUUUUAAAAAUAAAGAAGGUUCUUAAAUUAAUUAAUAAAUAUUAGAAAACAUAGUAAAAUUUAAUUACUAUUUUUUAGAAUCAAUUAAAAGAAAAGAAAGAUAAUAUUUUAUCUUAAUCAGAAAUUUCAAAUACAUUAAAAACUUAGAUUGAAUUAAGGAAAGCUACGAUUGCAUAAAAAUAAACAAAUAAAAAUUAAGAGGUAUCAAAGUAAAUCAAUUAUUUAGGAAAUAGCUUAAGGAAUUAUUGAUGAGGAAGAAUAUACUACUUUAAAAGAAUUAAAAGAAUUAAAAAAAUAAUUAAAAUAGAAUUAAGAAAAUAUAAGACAAUUAAAAAUUGAAAUAAUGGACAUUGAUUCAAACAUUAAUCAAGUAUGAAUUUUACCUAUACUCUUUAGUCAAAAGCAAGUUUGGUUUAAAAAUUUGAAGAACAUUUCCUAAAAAAGUAUGGAUUGACUUUAUAAGACAUUAAUAAUCCACUUGUAAAUUAAAAAGAAGAAGAAUAUUCAAUUAAUGAUCCUUCAGAAUAAGAUGAUGUUGAUUAAGAUGCUUUAGCUUAUAUUAGAGCAAAGAAUAAGGUUACAUAAUUGUAAAAGGCAAGAAAAUAAGAAAAAAUGCACAAAUGA